AUGUGGGGCUACAAGCACGAGGCAAUCGCAGAGAUCUUAACUAAUCGACGAGCGGAGAUCCGGGGGAUACUCCUCACAAAUAUGCCACCAUCAUACACGCGGACAGUUUCUGCCGUUCGCAAUAAGUUGAACGAGCUCCGAACCCAAAACCCUCACCUUUGGCUGAAAGAAGAGGGAUGGAAUCGAGUUGCUAUUACGGAAUACCUCUGUGGUUCUAUGGUCGACCUCGCCCACGUGAACCGACUCUUGAACUUAACUGCCGCUGAUAUCAACAUUAUUACCCGGAAGUAG